AUGGUCGAAUUCAUCGAAAUCAAAAAACAAUUCGAAACUUUACCGGAUUGAGGAAAGACUUUGGUAAGUUUUAAAAAAAAAAUUAAAACAUUUUACAAGGAAUCAUACAUUUUAUUUUAGGGUCGAGUUUGUGUUGAAUGAAGAGAAGAAGAAGAUUGAAAAAGGAAGAAUCGGAACAGAAAAAGAGGAAAUAUUAGAUAUUAUUACGAAAGAUAAUGUGGCUGCAUUCACUAUUUGGGAACAAAAUGAAUCGACUUCAACCGUAGUUUUCUUUUAUGUGUGAGUAUUCAACAAAAAUCCUAUUUUUUAAUUUUUUAACUUGUUUUUUUUCAGUUGCCCAAAAAUUUACCAUAUGAAAAACGAUUGA